AUGCGUGGGGAUCAAUGUCCUUAUUCUCAUGCGUCCCAACCUGCAGCAAAGGCCAAGGCGACAUCCUCAACGUCCGCUUUCGGUGCUAAGGUUCCUGGCGCAGUCGCAAUCCUGACGUCAACCUUGACUGCAGCCGUGGCCUCGUCGUCGUGUACAUGCUUGGAGUUUGUUGGGGACGCAGGAGCCGGCGAAUGUUUGGGAAACAUGAGCGAGAGCCUUCGCGAUGCUCGCGCAGCAGAAGCGCCCACUGACUAUCUAGACAAGCUAUCGGUGGAUCACAUCGCGUCUUCAAGGAGUUCGUCACGAGAAGAGGCAGACGUGGAGGCUCUGGCUGGAUGCUUCGUGAUUACUAAGUUCAAGUCGCUGUGCGGUGGAUGCUGCUGA